AUGGUCGUUGGUGAGCCACAAAGGGCCGUCCCACUUCGAUUGACUCACUUAUCACUCACCUCACCCGCAGCUAUUACGGCAUGUCAACCUCUAAUUUUACAAAGCGACAAACUGCUCGAAUUUUCCGUCGACCCGGAAGUCGAUCUUCACGAACAAGUUACCACUAUUCGUCAGAUCGCCCGCACGGAUAACACAACUCGUCGCCUUCUUCAAGCCAAACAUGCCAUGCUCCAACAAAUGUUCGAUCAGUGGUGGAGCAAAAUCAACCAACUUUCCCCCAAAGAUUCUCCGGCACUCAUUGAAGCCGAACACGAUUCAUUCAACAAAAUGGUCAAUGACCCCAAGGGCCUCUACUCAACCCUUGACCAAAUUACUAACCGCAUUCAAAAACUCGAAUUUCUGGAACACGACCUCAAUACCGCCCUUCAUCAAUUACAACCUCCUUCACCCAACCGCCCAGCAUGUCCAGCUCCCAACCCCCCUCUUGGUUUGGUGCCUCUACCAAAAAUGGAAUUGCCCAUAUUCAGUGGCGGCCAAUUUCGCUGGUAUGACUUUUGGGCUCUUUUCGAANCAACAGUGGAUCGGCAACCUCAACUUUCCAACAUCCAAAAGUCAUCAUACUUCAUACCAGUGCAUCAUCAUUUUGUUUCUUAUUCAGCGUUUCAAUCAUAA